AUGAACCUAGGCGAAAAGGAUGAUUGCAACACACGAAUUUUCCAACGUUGUACAGUCGAUGUCAUCGACAUGACUUCGGGUGGAGGAUUGAAGUUACUGAGGAUCAUUGAAAAAGAGCCAGAGGUGUAUAUCCAGAAGCUGAUCGUAGCCGUCAGUCCAUCGGGAGUGUUUCUGCAAAGGAUAAGCCACGCGAUUGCAUAUCUCACGUAUUAUAACUACCGAGAACCUACGUUCCAUAUCCCGGAGGGCAAUACUAUCAUCGAGAUUCGGAUAAAGGGUGCCCCAAAUCUUCAGGCGUUAAUAGCUGGGCAGAACACACAUCUUGAAAUUCUAUCCAUUGAACAAUGUAUGAUGGAUCGCUUGCCACAAACUCUAUCCAAGAUGACCAUGAUGAAAAGGCUUUCCAUAACAAUUUGCAUGCUAUCUGUUCUGCGACUUGACAAGUUGCUAGAAAAUCAGAACUUAACCACCCUAGAUUUGUCCUUUAAUCAAAUACGGCAGAUAUUUCCGGCAAAUGAUCGUACUGGCAGGACGUUAAGCAUUGAGAGAUUGGACCUAUCCGGUAAUCAACUAGAACGUUUAGAUAUGAGCGUAUUCGGGUCGAUGCCCAAGCUCACAUUGCUUGACAUGUUUGGUAAUCGCAUAGUUCACCUAGAAGUGUCCAAACCGGUCACUCUUCCUCUUGUUAAUUAUAUGUAUUUUUCUAAUAACCUGAUUGAAAUCUUCGAUCUGAGGAACGUUACAAUACCAAGUCUCAUAUUUCUACAUCUCAGGUCCAAUGCUCUGAAACGGAUGCCGUCUCUGCCGAAAAUGUUACCGGAACUAAAUAGUCUUGAUCUUAGUGAGAACAACCUAACACAAUUGGACCUAAGCUACUUUCGACCAUAUCAAAAAGUGCAGUAUGUUCAUUUUCCUUCAAACCAAAUCAGUACAGUUCGUACCUCAUCUCCUAUGAACCUAGGCGAAGAGGACUGCAUCAGUGGAAUUUGGCAAGGCUGUACAAUCGAUGUCAUCGACAUGACCUCGGGUGGAGGAUUGAAGUUACUGAGGACCAUUGAAAAAGAACCAGAGGUGUAUAUCCAGAAGCUGAUCGUAGCCGAACGUUACAACGCCAAGUCUCAGAUAUCUUCAUCUCAGUUCCAAUGCUCUGAAACGGAUGCCGUCUCUGCCGAAAGUGUUACCAGAACUAUAUAG